AAGCAGAUCUUGAGAUCAUGCCACGCACUAUUUCUAUCUACUGGCUUUUGGUCGGAUUUCUCAUACAUUACAUGAUGGCCAGCAUCCGAUGGAAGCUACCGACAGUUGAAACCAUCAUACCAUGGCGAAAUUGCGCAUAUGAAGCUUGUUGUUGAGUUCGUACGAGCUCUAGGCCGACCGUCAACAAAGGAAUAUAGGCAGCUCGGCGAACAAGCGCGUUAUUCGCCGGUCCCACUUGGCAUAUACUUGAUCGCGCGAGGCGAAAACCUUGCAGCCUUAUCCGGACGAACGUUGGAUGUGUGCGGCCCGUUUCCGAUGCUACUGUCGGAUUCGACGUGCAUACAUGGGCGUUUCCAGAAAAAUUCUCCGCAGAGGCAUGCUACGUGCCAAGGCUUCUGCCCAGUAGCUCACUUCCGCGCUCCAGCAAAUCGCGGAAACCUUGUGGACAAAGAAAGUACUUGCAAAUUGCAAGUGUCCGAACACAAGCCCACAGACACCUCACUACUAAUGCUCACGCUGCAGCGAAACGCUCCUAAUGCCCCUCCCCAAAUACCCCUUAGCCGUAAUAUUGGAACACCACCUCGAUGUUCACACACGGAUAGUCUUACCUAGCCUCAAUGCACCGCAUCGCGAGAUGCCAACACCCGCGCUAUCGAUCGCGCCUAUCUCAUUUCUGGCUUGCUGUCCAAAUGGCAUGACAGUGAGGACUGCAUUGCACCCAUCAUCUGCAGGUAUUGGUGGCGUGAGCCUGACUAAAGCAAA